UGGCUGGACUAUAAAAUCCCUUUUGUCUCAACACCCUGUUGUUCUGCCUUCUGUCCGUGACCAUCAGCCAGACAGAAACCAGGUUUCAUCUAAAAUCUCUGGUUGAAUACAUUUUUUAGUAGUUCAGCAAGACAGCAAAAUGGGCGAUCCGAUACGAAGGCCUGGAAAUCCAAAAGUGGACAACAAACCUAAGUCAAAAAUUUCAGCAUCUCGAAAACUUUCUUUGAAGAUAAUGCUUCUAAACAGAGCGAUAGAGGAUUUGGAGAAUGAAAAACAGGACAGGGAAGAAGAGAAAAAUCGCUACCUCAAAGAAAAACACCCUGCUUUGCAACUUUCUGGACUCUCUCUGGCGGAGUUACAGAAUCUGUGUAAGCAACUCUAUGCCAAAAUCGAUGUAGUAGAUGAAGAGAGAUUCGACUAUGAAGAUAAAGUCAACAAGCACAACAAAGAUAUCAAUGAGCUGAAGUUGAAAGUUCAGGAUCUAGGCGGGAAGUUCAAGAAACCUGCCCUGAGGAAGGUGCGUGUGUCUGCUGAUGAGAUGAUGAGGGCCCUGCUGGGCUCCAAACACAAAGGCUCCAUGGAUCUCCGUGCAAAUCUGAAAUCAGUCAAGAAGGAGGAUAUCAAGCAAGAAAAGGUCUUGACUUCUGAGGUAGGGGACUGGCGUAAGAAUGUGGAAGCCAUGUCUGGAAUGGAGGGAAGAAAGAAGAUGUUUGACGCUGCUGGGGGAGGCCAGUGAAUCCCUUCGUGAAACCAACCUGACCUUCUGGACUGUCUUCACAGAGAAAAUAUAAAAUAGAAGGAAUGAGACUGAAGUGUUUUCUUGCUUUGUUGACCUUUCUGAGCGGCUGUUUUUCCAAGUCAACCCAUAUUAACUGCUAAGUAUUAGUUGACCCAAAAUGUAAAUCCUGCAAUACACAUCCUUUUGUUGAUUCUCACAUAAGUGCUGACACUGCUCUUAUUCUUAUCCAUGCAACAAAAGGAAAUCAGGGGCUGUCAAGAUCUAAAGAGCUCCAUAAAAGUACAUCCCAUGAUCUAUAUUUCAAGUCUUCUGAAGCUAUGGAUUGCUGUUAUGAUACUUUCAUGUUUUUUCUUUUUUUUUCAUAUUUGGAGCUUGACAGCCCCUAGCCAAAAUUAUUUUUCAUUGUAUGGAACAAUAAUAUGUGAACGAUAAUUUUUCCCCCCUUAAAAAUAAUAUUUGACAUAUCUUCAUUAAAGAUUAAAGUGUAGACAGAGACAUAAAAUAGGCCUUAGUAGUGUUACGUGUUUUUGAGACAUUUGCGGUUAUUUCAUUUCAUUAUAAAUGUAUCAAAUAAUAAUAAUAGUAAUCAAAAAAACUCAGACGGCAUGUGUUUGACUGGGAUAUAUGUAUGUUUUUGUGUGCUACAAUGAAGUCUUAAAUUGACAUUAAAAGUGAUAUUAUUACGCAGAAAA